AUGAGCAGGAUGCGGCUGCUGCCGCUCGCGCUGCUCUUCUCCUGCUCCUUCGCCCGCGCCGCCUGCGACCCCAAGAUCGUCAACAUCGGCGCGGUGCUGAGCACGCGGAAGCACGAGCAGGUGUUCCGCGAGGCCGUGAACCAGGCCAACAAGCGGCACGGCGCCUGGAAGAUCCAGCUCAACGCCACGUCCGUCACCCACAAGCCCAACGCCAUCCAGAUGGCCCUGUCCGUGUGCGAGGACCUCAUCUCCAGCCAGGUCUACGCCAUCCUCGUCAGCCACCCGCCGACCCCCAAUGAGCACUUCACGCCCACGCCCGUGUCCUACACCGCCGGCUUCUACCGCAUCCCCGUGCUGGGGCUCACCACCCGCAUGUCCAUCUACUCGGACAAGAGCAUCCACCUGAGCUUCCUGCGCACUGUGCCGCCCUACUCCCACCAGUCCAGCGUGUGGUUCGAGAUGAUGCGUGUCUACAGCUGGAACCACAUCAUCCUGCUGGUCAGCGACGACCACGAGGGCCGGGCCGCGCAGAAGCGGCUGGAGACGCUGCUGGAGGAGCGCGAGUCCAAGAGUAAAAAAAGGAACUAUGACAGCCUCGACCAACUGUCCUAUGACAACAAGCGCGGACCCAAGGCGGAGAAGGUGCUGCAGUUCGACCCGGGGACCAAGAACGUGACGGCCCUGCUGAUGGAGGCGCGGGAGCUGGAGGCCCGGGUCAUCAUCCUCUCGGCCAGCGAGGACGACGCCGCCACCGUGUACCGCGCCGCCGCGAUGCUCAACAUGACGGGGUCGGGGUACGUGUGGCUGGUGGGGGAGCGCGAGAUCUCCGGGAACGCCCUGCGCUACGCCCCGGACGGCAUCAUCGGGCUGCAGCUCAUCAACGGCAAGAACGAGUCGGCCCACAUCAGCGACGCGGUGGGCGUGGUGGCCCAGGCGGUGCACGAGCUCCUGGAGAAGGAGAACAUCACCGACCCGCCGCGGGGCUGCGUGGGCAACACCAACAUCUGGAAAACCGGGCCGCUCUUCAAGAGGGUGCUGAUGUCUUCCAAGUACGCGGAAGGGGUGACUGGCCGCGUGGAGUUCAAUGAGGACGGCGACCGGAAGUUUGCCAACUACAGCAUCAUGAACCUGCAGAACCGCAAGCUGGUGCAAGUGGGCAUCUACAACGGCACCCACGUCAUCCCCAACGACCGGAAGAUCAUCUGGCCGGGCGGGGAGACGGAGAAACCGCGAGGCUAUCAGAUGUCCACCAGGCUGAAGAUCGUGACCAUCCACCAGGAGCCCUUCGUGUACGUCAAGCCCACGAUGAGCGACGGCACGUGCAAGGAGGAGUCCACAGUCAACGGGGACCCUAUCAAGAAAGUGAUCUGCACGGGGCCCAACGACACCUCGCCGGGCAGCCCGCGUCACACGGUGCCUCAGUGCUGCUACGGCUUCUGCAUCGACCUGCUCAUCAAGCUGGCGCGGACCAUGAACUUCACCUACGAGGUGCACCUGGUGGCCGACGGCAAGUUCGGCACGCAGGAGCGGGUGAACAACAGCAACAAGAAGGAGUGGAACGGGAUGAUGGGCGAGCUGCUCAGCGGCCAGGCGGACAUGAUCGUGGCCCCACUGACCAUCAACAACGAGCGUGCCCAGUACAUCGAGUUCUCCAAGCCCUUCAAGUACCAAGGCCUGACUAUCCUGGUCAAGAAGGAGAUCCCGCGGAGCACGCUGGACUCGUUCAUGCAGCCGUUCCAGAGCACGCUGUGGCUGCUGGUGGGGCUGUCGGUGCACGUGGUAGCCGUGAUGCUGUACCUGCUGGACCGCUUCAGUCCCUUCGGCCGGUUCAAGGUGAACAGCGAGGAGGAGGAGGAGGACGCGCUGACCCUGUCUUCCGCCAUGUGGUUCUCCUGGGGCGUGCUGCUCAACUCGGGCAUCGGGGAAGGCGCCCCCCGCAGCUUCUCGGCGCGCAUCCUGGGCAUGGUGUGGGCCGGCUUCGCCAUGAUCAUCGUGGCCUCCUACACCGCCAAUCUGGCGGCCUUCCUGGUCCUGGACCGGCCCGAGGAGCGCAUCACCGGCAUCAACGACCCGCGGCUGAGGAACCCCUCCGACAAGUUCAUCUACGCGACGGUGAAGCAGAGCUCCGUGGACAUCUACUUCCGGCGGCAGGUGGAGCUGAGCACCAUGUACCGCCACAUGGAGAAGCACAACUACGAGAGCGCGGCCGAGGCCAUCCAGGCCGUUCGGGACAACAAGCUGCACGCCUUCAUCUGGGACUCGGCGGUGCUGGAGUUCGAGGCCUCGCAGAAGUGCGACCUGGUGACCACGGGCGAGCUGUUCUUCCGCUCGGGCUUCGGCAUCGGCAUGCGCAAGGACAGCCCCUGGAAGCAGAACGUGUCCCUGUCCAUCCUCAAGUCCCAUGAGAAUGGCUUCAUGGAAGACCUGGACAAGACGUGGGUGCGGUACCAGGAGUGUGACUCACGCAGCAACGCCCCUGCUACCCUCACCUUCGAGAACAUGGCAGGCGUCUUCAUGCUCGUGGCCGGCGGCAUCGUGGCCGGGAUCUUCCUCAUCUUCAUCGAGAUCGCCUACAAGCGGCACAAGGACGCGCGUCGGAAGCAGAUGCAGCUGGCCUUCGCCGCGGUUAACGUGUGGAGGAAGAACCUGCAGGAUAGAAAGAGUGGUAGAGCAGAGCCCGACCCUAAAAAGAAAGCCACUUUUAGGGCUAUCACCUCCACCCUGGCUUCCAGCUUCAAGAGACGUAGGUCCUCCAAAGACACGAGCACCGGGGGUGGACGCGGCGCUUUGCAAAACCAAAAAGACACAGUGCUGCCGCGACGCGCUAUUGAGAGGGAGGAGGGCCAGCUGCAGAUGUGUGCCCGUCAUAGGGAGAGCUGA